UGGCCUUCUGGGAGUUGUAGUUCGGUCGCGAGCGCUGCCGUCGGGAGGCUGUUCCGAGGUUCGAGGCUGUCCCCCGCGACCCCGCCUUCGGCGCUCGGCUCGCAGGAUGGAUCCCGUACCCGGAACAGACUUGGCGCCGCUGGCUGGCCUGGCCUGGUCGUCGGCCUCUGCACCCCCGCCGCGGGGGUUCAGCGCGAUCUCCUGCACCGUCGAGGGGGCACCCGCCAGCUUUGGCAAGAGCUUCGCGCAGAAAUCUGGCUACUUCCUGUGCCUUAGUUCUCUGGGCAGCCUAGAGAACCCGCAGGAGAACGUGGUGGCCGAUAUCCAGAUCGUGGUGGACAAGAGCCCCCUGCCGCUGGGCUUCUCCUCGGUCUGCGACCCCAUGGAUUCCAAGGCCUCUGUGUCCAAGAAGAAACGCAUGUGUGUGAAGCUGUUGCCCCUGGGAGCCGCGGACACAGCUGUGUUUGAUGUCCGGCUGAGUGGGAAGACCAAGACAGUGCCUGGAUACCUUCGAAUAGGGGACAUGGGCGGCUUUGCCAUCUGGUGCAAGAAGGCCAAGGCCCCGAGGCCAGUGCCCAAGCCUCGAGGUCUCAGCUGGGACAUGCAGGGCCUCUCUCUGGAUGCAGCCAGCCAGCCAAGUAAGGGCGGCCUCCUGGAGCGGACACCGUCAAGGCUGGGCUCUCGGGCAUCCACUCUGCGGAGGAAUGACUCCAUCUACGAGGCCUCCAGCCUCUAUGGCAUCUCAGCCAUGGAUGGGGUUCCCUUCACACUCCACCCACGAUUUGAGGGCAAGAGCUGCAGCCCCCUGGUGAGUCGGGGUCUCAGGGGGCCUGGGUCUGCGCCUGCCAUCACCAUUCUGGGUGCCAGGACAUCCCUGUAUCCAGGGCCCCAGCACAGAGGGCCACAUCCUGGGUUGGGGCCGGAGUAUGUCACCUCCAGGUGGCAGCUGGAAGGUCAUCAGUCUCAGAAUGGGGAGGGAUCCAUCCAGAGAAAGCAGCUGGACACCAGUAGCUAGAGGCUGUGACAAGAAGGGGGAGGGAUGCCGGGCGUGGUGGCUCACGCCUGUGAUCCCAGCACUUUGGGAGACCAGGAGAUCGAGACCAGCCUGGCCAACAUGGUGAAACCCCGUCUCUAUUGAAAAUACAAAAAUUAGCCAGGCGCGGCUUUAGAGACUUUGUCUCUAAAAACAAAACAAAACAAACAAUAAAAAUAAGGGAGAGGGAUGUCCGAGGGAAUAUUCAGGGAGUGUGGGGGCGGGUGGGGGCAGGACUCCUUGAAGACGAGGGAAAGGGGGUUUCAGGUUGAGAUCGGGCCCAAGGCUGACCCACCUCUGCCCGCCAGGCCUUCUCUGCUUUUGGGGACCUGACCAUCAAGUCUCUGGCGGACAUUGAGGAGGAGGUGGGUGCAGGGCUAGGGAAGAGGUGCCUGAGGGGCUGGCGCCCCUCGUCCUCCCCAGGCUGUCCCAGUUUUCCCCAUCCCCACUUUCCCCCAGACACACCCCAUCUCUCCAGGGCAGAAGACCACUCAAGUCCCUAAGUACCCCCUCUGUCAUUCCUCAGUCACCCCCACUUUGGCUCUCUCUUUACUCUGGCACCUGCUCACUCUCGCUCUCCCCGUCCCCCAGUAUAACUACGGCUUCGUGGUGGAGAAGACCGCGGCUGCCCGCCUGCCCCCCAGCGUCUCAUAGUCCCUCACCCGUCCGCGGAAAGAGCCCCCUUACGCCACCUCCCGACAGCCUGGGGCCACACCGCCUCACUGCAUCCUGCGAACCUCCGCCCUGCAAGGCAUUUGCUAUCUUCAGCCACUGGGCGGAGCUGCAGCCCUGGAGGAGGGGGCGGGUCGAGGCUGCGUGGUGAUGGGGUCUCCGCCCCGACGCCCUGCCGGGCAGGGCUGGAGCUGGACAGAAGCCAGUGCCUUUAAGUCAUUCGUGUCAAAACCCUCUGGGGUCCGGAGGCUGUGCGGGUGUCCUCCUGGCAAUAAACACUACCUGGUUCUCGC